UAAAUUUACCCACUCUCCAGGAGGAAUAUUCCAUGAAAUAGUAGACGGUACAUUGCGGUGAAGCUGUUGCGCAGAAUUUAUUUAUGAUCGUAUAUUGCACCUUUCGAGUAUCAUAUUAUUCGAUCAAUCGACGAAUUCAUGAAAGAAGAUCCAAAUGUCUACAAGUUCUGUUGUUAGAUCUAUAAUGUGGCGACAGUAUGUGGCGGCUUCAAUCAUGAACAUCUUAGCCGUCUCAGCCGGUGUGUCAAUCGGUUGGGCAUCACCAAUUAUUCCCCAACUGCAAGAAGACACCACUCCAGUUGGAACGACGCCAAUGACUCAAGAUCAGAUAUCCUGGCUGACAUCAAUUUUCUUCAUAACCGCAUUAGUUGUAUCUCCUCUCUGUGGCCCCUAG